CUGCUUAAGAGUUCAUAUGGUAAAAGUUGCACUUGGUUUAAAGAAGUAGAAACCAGUGGCUAAAGUAUUGUUAAUGGCAUACAUGGCACUACAAAAAUCACUGGCAAUGAUAUGUUUUAUGUCAGUGCUUUGUUCUAACACUGGCGCCUGGAAAGGUACCUUUGAAGAACUAACUAACAGCAUUGGCAAGGGUGUAUCAAUAGCUAAUCGACUUCUUGGUGAAAGUGGGGAGGUACCUCGUGGAAGUGGUAGUGUUGUAAAAUGGACAAUUCAAGGCACUAUACGUGGUAUCGAGUGGAAAUGGAUCUGUACUUGCAUCGACUUAAAAACUGGAACAACGGCAGUGGCAACAAAGUCAAGUCGAAAUGGUGCAAUGGAGUGGGCAUUUGAAGAUCUUUUUAAGAAAUUGGCACGACAAGGGGACUUGUAAAGUACAAAAUAUAAUCGAGAGACACUGUGCACGCGUCGAACUUGUGUGUUUUAAUGUAUAAGCAAAAAUGUUGUUUUGAGCCAUUGAAUUUGCAUGAGCGAACAUGAUAAUUUUUUAACUGAAGACAUUCCUUCGACUUUAAUGUUAGAGUUUUCCAUAUUUGAUAUCGUACCAAUACCAUAAUUAAACUUGCAAUCGUGUAACACAAAACGAUGUAUGACAUUUAAAUUUACAAAUAAACAAUAAGUUGCAAAUGUA